GGCGGAGCGGCCGCCGCGGGCCGGACGCGCCCAGGUUACCGUGACAACGGCGUCGGCAGAGCGAGCUGCCCGGCCUCGGCGGACCCCGCUGCCCGCCCGUCCGCCCAUGCCGCGGAAAGCGCUGCGCUGCGUCCUGCAGCUGGAGCUCCGCUCGAUAACUUGUCCUGGAGUGCUGCUGAAAGACAAACAGGAACUUUAUCUUGGAGUCUUUGUACUGGGGCAGUACAACAAAACUGAAUGUGUCCCUGCAGUAUUUCCACUCUUCUUUCAAGAAAGACUAGUAUUUGAAAAGGCAUUUGCUAAUAUAGUUGAUCCUGGAGACCUUAUGAAGUUGCUGGAGUUUGACACAGCAGUACUUGAACUAAUACAGCUCGUUCCUCCAGUGGGGAAAGUUCUCGCUACGUACGAAGAAAAUACAAGAGAUUUCCUGUUCCCUGACCCUAAGCUUACCCAUGGGCACCGUGGUUUGGUGCGUGAGAUUUUAAUGAAGAGGUCCCCGUCUUUCACAGGAAUUGCACCAAAAUUGAGAUUUUCUACAAACUCCCUUAUUUCAGACAGUCUGUUAAGCUUAGGAAGGAGUCACAUACAGGCUGGUAUGAACUGGGUGCAUCAUUCAGCCCUAAAUGGAAAAAUGCAGACAAAGCUACCAAAGAAAAGCCCUCCUUUGGGCGAGAAGGGCAGGCAGAGCUCGGCAGUGAGGAGCUACGAGCAGCCCACCAUCGCCUCCAAGUCGCACUCCCCCUCCCCGUACACCAAGCGCCGCAUGUGCGAGCUCUCGGAGGAGGCCAGGCAGAGACUGGCCCACCUCAACCUGGGGCCUCACGAGUUCAGGAGAGACACUGACAAACCUCCCUUUGUCAUCAGACGGGUUGGACAACCAAGUCCUGGCAUUAAACUUCAUCCCUGGUGUUCCCUGCGAGAAAGCGCAGCAGAAGCCUGGCCCAAGGCACCCCAUGAUCCUUCCCCUCUCAACAGCUACAGACCCAGGAAAACUGAAACAAAAUCUACCAGUGGAAAAGGCUUGGACAGUUCUGCUCUUUGCAAGGAGGAUGUGAGCCCAGAUCCAUCCAACAGGGAGUCCCAUUCUGCUGCUUCUUUGGAGCGUUCAGCACCUCCAGCAGGUCAGGAGCCUUCUCCAAGUUCUGUGCUGAAUCGAUCUUCUCUGAGGGAAAGAUUUAGCACUGGUUGGCCUUCACCAGCAAAUGGAGAUGAGAUCCAUAAAAGAGUGAAAAAUAUUUUAAGGACACACAGUGCUAGACAGCGCCUAGUAUUUGAUGAUUUGCCUCAGACAAGAGAACCUCCUUCAGUUUAUGUGCCCUUAACCAUGGGUGAGCUGCAGAGCAGUUCUCCAGUGCAGCAGAACGCUCCUGUUCACUUGGAUAAUGGUGAAUGUUGGUCUGGUCCUGCAGCUGUGUACAAAGAGAAGCCUCACAGAGCAAUCUUGGAGGAGACUCUCGCAAAAAUAUAUGGAAACAUGUACCAAAAAGCUGCUGGUGCUGUUUCAGACCACAAAACACAUUCCUGAGAGCAACUCACCUGAAAAGGCGCACUAUACAGUAUUUGUAACUAAACCUAUUUUUAUACAACAAUAUUUGUACUCUAUUUUUUAAGGUGUCUUAUGGUUAGGCAGGGUUUUGGAGAAAUGGGGAUUUGGCCUGGGCUGAAAAAAGGAAAUUAUUAACAUUCACCCUCCCAGAAAAGAAACAAAUAAUCCCUAACAAAAAAUCCUCUCCACAGUUAAGCAGGAUGGUGUUGCUCCAUUGAGAGUCUGAGCAUUGGGUCAUUUGAAGACUAAUAGGUCUCCUGUACAUUCCUGUAUGACAUCAACUCAGGUUUCAGCUGCAGACAGUUCUUACUAAAUAUCUAAAUCUAUUCAGCAAUUUAAACAAAAUUGGUUGAAGAAGCAAUAUGCCCUGGUGGUCCAAGAGGGGACCUAAAGGGGAAAGUGAAUGUGAGUGUUGGUUUAAAAGUGACCCACCUAGGACAAAGAGAAUUGUUUUCUAAACAAUUGCCUUUAAAUUGUUGAUUUUGGACAAACUCUGGUACUGUAGGACCCAUAGGCAUGUAUUUGAAGUGCUUUUGAGCCCCUUUAGUCAGAAUUAGCUCUAAUACGGUGAGAUUUUAAAAGAAAACCACCCAGCCCAGCAGCCUUUGUGUGAGAUGAAAGGUUAUCUUCACACAGCUUUGCAUUUGAAAGCUUCCAUGUUCUCCUAAAUGCAGCCAUGACAUUUGCCAAUACACUUGUCAUUUUCAAAAUAUGAAUGAGAGAGGACUGUGCAGGGGGAAAGACCAGAGCGAGUCAGCAAGCUCCUUGUGUUCUGUACAGGCCUUCUGAAAUUUCUGCAUCACAAUCCCACCUAAUUUGGAGCCUGUCCUUCCCAGUCUGCUGGGAUCCUGUUGGCAGCAAUCACUUCGUUUUUGCUAAAGGCCACCAAAUGUUCAUCAGCAGUUUGAUGCUUUCCCCAGGGAUGGAACCUUUUCAGCCUUGCACUGAGCAGAUCCCACAUUAGCAGACCAGGGCAAAUUGCCCUUCCAUUGAAAAGCUGAAUGUUUUAAAAGGGCAAGAGUGUCCAUCUCCUGCUUCCCCCCAGAAUGCUGAAAAAACAAAUGCCUGUUCUGGCUGCCUCCCUCUCGGAGCAAACAGAGGCAGCUCCACCGAUGCCAUUUUACCUGUUGUGAUUAGAUAGAGGAUAAAGCUAGCAGUACAGAUGGCACAGCAUAUGACUGGAACCUGCCAGCAUGCCUACAUAAACAAAAAGUUGGUCUAUUCUGCCUUCCCUCCUUUAAUGCUGAGACAACAUAAUUGAUUUGAGAAAGCAGUUGGUGAGCAAUUCCGCUGGUGGGAGAGCACGUGGAGAGGCUGUGUGCUGCUGUUUCAGGCAAGGGCACUCUCAGAGGAAGUGUCUCACAUACAGACAUUUCUAUUCCUUGUAACUCUUGGACCAGUUGAAGUGGAUUAACACUGAUAACUUCCUGUCCCUGCUGCCAUUUAGCACAUUAGUGCUUUCAGAGGGCAUUAGUGGCACAGGCUAUGGAAAAGUGCCGAGUCACUCUGUGAGGUAGCAGGACACUUCUUUUUGCAGAAGGGAAAAGUAAAACUUGCCUAAGCUGUGUCCCUGAAGGCAUGGAGGCCAUGGAGGGUUGUGCUACCAGGACCUGGUGUUCACUGGCCUCUCCAGUGACCCCAUAUUAGUCCACAAAGGAAUAGUUUUCCUUCUGAUCAGAGGAGUAGCUGUAUUGAAGUAGAUCCUAAAUAGGCAGGGCAGAUUCUGAGAAAAAUUUCCCAAGCUUUUGGUGAAAAUUAAUCUGUUGAUGCCUGAAGGUUUGUGCAGUUUCCUGUAUGUGUUUGAGCCAUAGGAUUCAGUGUUCUCCUGAUAUCCUGCAGUUUUCAUUCAGUAUUCUCUGUGCAUUCCCUCCCCAGUGUCACAGCUGAGUAAAAAGUUAGUCUUCUGAAGAUUGGCUUCUCCCCUUUGGCCUGAUCUGGCUCUGUGACAUAGAAAACCUCUUUGAUUUUUCCCUCCACAGCAAUCCAGCAGAUUUCAGUCCCUGUUUGUUCAGUGUGUGAAAAGUCCUGAAUGCUGAGGGAUUGUUGUGGGUUUUUUCUGUAUGUUUGAUGAAGGACACAAGUUGCCAUAAACUGAAGACACAAGGGGAUGAGGAAGGUUGGGGACGACUACAAAAAAGGAAGGUGGUGUUUUCAAAGUGUUCAGGGAAUGGCUGGAGGAUAUCUGUAUGAUUCCCCUAGCUAAAAAAAGGAAGCAUAUGGUAAUUUUUCAAUCUUCAGUUUUCAACAAAAAUGAAAAAUUUUUCAGCAAAGGUGAAAACUGAAUGGGAGAAAAAAAUGUCAUUAUUGAAUUUUGACCAGUAUGAAUCUUCUCAGUGUAGCCUUCUACUGCAGUUUAACAUCAAAUGGAGCAGACAGACUCUGAGUAUCUUUGGCCCUGCUCCAGCUGGGAGGGAGAUGUGUGUUCAGUGUCUCUCUGAAUCAGUUGCUGUAGGAGAUGUUCCUCUCCUGGGUCAGAGUCAUUCCACAGCUCGUGCCUUGAUACAGCAAGAGUGCUCUCUUCCAGGCACUGUGCUGGAAAUCCAGUUUGGUAAAUGGAAAACUUUCCUGUGGAAUGUGAUUUCAGACCCAAAUUACUCUGAUCUGUCCCUAAAAUCUUCAAGGCACAUUGUUUUCAGAAGCAUUUUCCCCUUCCAUUUGCUCAGGUGGCCCUGGCAGCACACACAGCUCUGAGCACGGCUGCUGCUCGGCCCCUGCAGCCUGGGAGAAGUGGAGCUUCAAGCACUGAGCCAACACAGCAAUAAACUGUAAUUGUUUAGUGCACCUUGCCUUCUGAUACAAUUUAAAUCCCUUCUAUCAAAUGCAAAUUUCUAGGUUCCUGAGUGGAACUUUAAAUAGCAUUUUCUGUGCUCAUUCCUUAUCUUUUGCCAUCCGCAAAGUUCUAGUGACAGUGGGAUGGCAUAAUUCCACCCCCAUCAUUUUAGUUCCUAAAGGAAAGCUGCCUACUCAAAUCUGGCAGUAAUGGGCCAGAUGAGGAGUGAAUUGGUGCUUUUCUGUAGAGUCUGCCUCUCUCUCUUGCCCUCCCUAAGUUAUUACAGCCCACGAGUGUUCUCACCAAAAGCUGUUCAGCAUCCAGUGAUGCUUGCAGGAUGCAAUCAGUGUAAUAUUUUAAUCACUUUCAUUUUAGUGAGUCAGAUUCUGCUUCCUACUUGCUCCCUUCCAUGUCUCCUAUGAAUAACUUGGUAGAGUUUAGGAUCUUGGGCUGGCUUUAGACAAACUGCCUAUGUUCAGAAGAAAUGAAAAUCCUUGGCUGAGGAGUAGCUGCUUUGGAAAUCACUCAGUCAUUGACCUGAUGUGAAUUAAAGGCAAAAAUGUCAAACCCUUUAAUGAUUUGCCUUAUCUAAGUUUUUGACUUGGAGGAAGAGAAGCUUAAAUUGCUCCACUGAGGAUAAGAAGCAUAGGGAUUGCUGGAGUAAUGAGAACAGGUAGGAGCAGCUUUGUAAGAUAGAUGGGGAACAGUGUCUGUGCUCCAAAACUGAGCAGCUUGGAAGUGAUGAGGGCUGUUCUUUAGAUUGUGCAUCACAUGUUUGAAUUUUACUAUUACUUCAGAGGCUGACAAAAUUAUGAGGGGAGAAAGAAAUCUACCUGGAGAUGUUGGGAAUCUAUUUUUGGGGUAAAAUAACAGGACAUUUAGCUCGGCUCAAUAUUAAAUAGUCUUUUCCAAACUCCUUCUCAUUGUUACCUCAGCUGUAAAAUAGGGAGUUUGUGCUCUGUUGAAGCUUAAUUAAAUGACUGUGAAGUGCUUUGGGAUCCUGAGGUGAAUGUUAAAGAAAUUAUUUUAUGGAAACCUAGCUGAAAAGUCCCAUCUCAUCUCCAGGUUACUAAAAAGGCUUUAUUUUAAUUUUCCCAGGUUUAUUAUGUUUUAAUCAGACAAUUAUUAAACAAAUCUUAAUCAGAUUUAAUAGAUUUCUAUCUUGAUCAGAGAGGGCUAGCAAAGAUAAUGAGCUACUUUACUACAUGUGCUCUUAGGAGCUAAUCUUUGCAGUUGGUGUCUUGCUCAGCUUCUGUCUCCUGCAUGAUCCAGGUUCAUAUCCUCACACUGAUUGCUCUUAUGAUAUCUUUUUUAUCUUACUUUUAAUAGAAUCUUUUUUGUCACCCUGAUGUCUUAGUGCUGUUUGCUCUGUGUACUAACCAGCACUGUUAACAUCUCUUGCAUCAUUUAUCCUCAAGCUUUCCCCAGGAACAAAGGGUGCAACGUGACAGUGGGAAAUUUUGUGUGGUGUGCCAUGGGUUUGUCAGAGAAAGCUGGAAGGAAUCUCUGUCUUCCUACUCCAUGUGUAAGGAAUAACUUGGUACAUAAUUCUGCCAUUCCCAGUUUUUAAGCUUGAAAUGUUUUCUGAAGCACUGAACCAUGCUACAGAAUUCUCAGCCUUUUAGCAGUGGUCUCCUGCUGUAUAAAUCUGGUAAUGUGGAAUCUCAGGUCAUAGGAAAGGCCAUGGUGUUAAUUACUUCAGUGGUCAUGGAGUGAUCAUUAUCAGGAUGCUGAGAAUUUCUCAUGAGAUUUGUUUAGUAAUCAAGGAACUUGAGGAAACUUUCAAAUCAGUGAAAUUAAGGUUCUUGGUUCUGGUAAGAACACUUGAAGCUGAGAGAGGACAGCACUUCUAGGUCUGCCUCCCUGACAGAAGGGGUGUCUGCCUUGGGUGAUGUCUCUGGGAGCAGCAGAGAAUUGGUCUUUGCCCAGCUCCUUUCAGUUCCAACAAAUGCAGCAGCGUUGUGGGAAGUGAUUGAAACCCCAAAUGUUCCUGUUUCCAUUGCACAGGAGCUAUUAAGCACAACCCCCUUGAUUACUGUUGGCUUCUGCUGCUUUCCCCAUGGAAUUCAGAACAUCAUCAACCAAAGCCCUUCAAAGAUGUGGCUUUAGCUCCUUUUAUCAGCCUUGGCUUGCCAAAGGCAUGGGGUUUGUUCCCAUUUUAUCUUUGUGAGAAAUUCUCUGAAGUGUGGUGAUAAUUUGUCUGGAUGGCAGCAUAAAGGAACUGUAAUCUUUCUCUUUGCUUGAUCUAUGUGGAGAUUGUGCUUUUUCUUCAUGUGCAUUUCCCUUCACUUCUGGGUGAUUGCCUCUGGCCCAACAGAGAACUCCCCACAGCCUGAGCAGUGGGAUCUGAGCCACCUUCUCACCUCCUCAGGGAAAGGAGUUUGCUGCUGCAAAACAAUAUCCCUCCUGGUUCAUAAGGAUUUACUGAUGCUGAGGAGACAGCACAAAAAUUCUGUUCUGUGGCCAGGCCUUUGCAUAACCCUGUGGAGCUGAUGGCAUGGAAUGAAGAGAGCUUCACACAGAGCAGGGUUGGAGGCUGGGAGCAGGGCAGAGGAAGAGAGUGUUUGAUGCCUGGCAUGCCAUGAAUUAUGCACUGAUAUACCAUGAAUUAUCAGUGUAGGAAAUAGCCUGGGCAGCUCCUGAGUAACAAAAGCACCAUUUACAUCACUGAGUGGUGGUGAAUUCUAAUGCUUGUAUUUGUAUUGUUACCCUGACUGUAGCUGGAGGAACUGUUUCAUUCAGGAUUCCAGUAGUAAACACUUGCUAAGAGGUUACUUUCCCUCCCUGCCUUGUUUUCACCACAGUCAUCUAGUGUUUACAUACAUUUUAGCCUCUGUGCCAUUUCUGAAGGCUUUAUUUGUCUCAUUUAUGUUUCUGGUUUGGAUAAUACUUAAAUAUGAAAUCCAUCUGGGAAACAUAUUGUAUAUUCACGUCGAGGGGUAAAACCAGUUUUUAAUUAAAAUUUUAUACAGCACUUGUA